UAUCUCUAAGGCUCUUUUGUUUGGUUUAACGACUUUGACAAAAACCCUCACCGGAGAAAAAGGGAAGUAAAAGAAGACGAGACGACGAUGGUGGGAUUUGAGAGCUACGUGAUUGUUCACAACAUAGCGAAGCGUCACAACAUCGGCACACUAGCUCGUAGCGCCACUGCCUUUGGUGUUACGGAGCUGAUCCUUGUCGGCCGUCGUGAUUUCAACGCCUUCGGGAGCCAUGGUUCAGCUUCUCACAUCCGAUUCCGCCAUUUUCACUCCCUUGCCGAUGCUCGUACCUACUUAAAGGAGGAGAAAGAUUGCGAUAUUUGUGGCGUUGAGAUUGCAGAUGGAGCUGCUGCAGUUAACGAGCAUCCUUUUAAAAGAAGCACUGCUUUUCUUCUCGGUAAUGAGGGAUCAGGAUUAUCUGCCAAGGAAUAUGAAAUAUGCGACUUCUUUGUGUAUAUUCCUCAGUAUGGCUGUGGCACUGCCUCCUUGAAUGUGACUGUUGCAGCUUCUAUUGUUUUGCAUCAUUUUGGAGUUUGGGCUGGAUUUUCUGAGCGUGUCCGGGACGGAAGCAAAUUUAUAGUGGCUGAUAGACCCGUGAGACAAGGAAGACGGAAUAUCUGUGCCGGAACAGAAGAAUCCAUCAUCGAAGAGCGGAAGUUGAGGAAAGAAAGUGCGGAAAAUGGGUUUUUCGAUGAUAAUGGAAAUGAGAAUGGAAAUUCAUCAUCCGACCUUUUGGACGGUUUGUUCCUUAACGAAUAAUUGACUUUGAAUAUGAAUGAAGCAAAGUUUUUGUUAUUUCGGGUUUUAAGUCCUGGACAAGAUCAGGCACACCCUUCAAUAUAUAUUAUCAAACAGAGUCAGCUCUCGUUAGUUCA